AUGAGCGACUCCGACAGAGGGAACGCAGAGAUUGAUGUGCCUCAAAACUCGGUCUCUCGCCCGCCUUCCGGCUCAGGUUCGAGUUCAGGCGUGGAUUCGGCCUCGUCUUCGGGAACGUCGACGUCCACAGAAUCCAUAAUGAGUGCUGACAGAGCAACGUCAUCAUCGUCGUCGCUGGACGAAGAUGAUGACCACUACAGCCCCAAGUACGAACCCACCGACUCAAACACAGACAACAAAGAUACCAGCACACACACACACACAAACGGCCACACCAACGGCCACGGAAAUGACACAAACGUUGACAACCUCGACGACUUGCUACGUGCAUGUAGUGGCCAACAACAACACGAUAAUAACACACAAACUGCUGCUGCAGACUCUCUACAACGCAUCCUCCAGCCGCUGUCACAUGCCACCAACAGCACCAACGGCUCGAACGGCACCAACGGCUCGAACGGCUCGAAUGGCAUCAACGGCACCAAUGGCGGUUACGACGUGCCGCCCACGGAGCCCGUGUCGGAGGCUGAAAUCAAAUCGCCACUCACCCCCGAGGAGGCAUCCCAGUUCUCUGAAUAUCGACGUGUCGAGUCCGAGUACAUCACCUCGGGCAACUGGGACAAGUUCCCUGUCGGCUCGCGGAUGUUCAUCGGCAACCUUCCCGGCGACCGUAUCGACACCAUGGAGCUGUUCAAGCUGUUCAAUCAAUACGGACGGCUGGCCCAGAUCUCUAUCAAACGUGCUUACGGCUUUGUGCAAUACUUCUGUCCCGAAGACUGCGAGCGUGCCAUGAAGGUCGAGAAUGGCCGGUACCUGCGGGGAUUUUACCUCAAGCUCGAGGUGGCCCAACCGCAGUGUAAGAAUCGGGAGCGCCGUCGGUCUGUGUCGCCGACUGGCUACAAGAACGGUGACCGGUAUAGAAGCCGUUCUCCGGCUGGGUCCGAUCUUGACCGCAACAGCGACCGGGGCCGGUCGCGACGACGAGACCUCCUGUCUCGUAAGAAGCCUCACAUUAUUCCCGAGGUCCAAAUUGUGAUGGAAUCUCGUGUUGACCGAGAUUUCGUCCACCGGGUAGAACGCCCUCUCAAACAAAACGGCAUGUCUGUCAACUACCAGUGGUUGCAGCCACGGACGUCCGUCAAGGAGUCCCUUCCAGACAUUGUCAACCAGCUCAUCCGAGAGCGGGUGUUUGGUCUGAUCAUUGUCGAGCGAAUCAACCAGCAGGCCAACAAGGUGAACCUCCAGGUAUUCCACCCAGCCCCCGAUGGCGGUGUUCGAUUCGAUGAGUACCAAAUGGUCGACAUUCCGGUCGCCAUUGAGCUCCUCGGGCGAGUCAAACGUGAGAAAAUGGCCAACUUCCAGCCUCACCCUGUGGUUCCUGCUCACAUGAGCUCGCCUCAGCCCAUCUCAACCAACGGAUACUACGGAAUGCCUGCCAUCCCUGGCAUUGGUGGUCUUCCCAAUCCCGCGAGCAUGGCUCUUCCUGGAGUUGGUCCAAUGGGGAUGCCCAUGGGCAUCCCCACUCUGUCCAACGAUCAGGUGGCGACUCUCAUGGCUCUUCAGAACCGUCUUGAUACCAUGAGCCUCCAAAAAGUGGCUCUGGCGCUGCAGCAGCAGGCCGCCAUGCAACACCAGCCCCAGCCCCAGCAGAGCACAUUCAUGCCGCCGUUCAUGUCAAAUACAAUCCCCAACUUGUUUCCCUCCCCGUCGCCACCUCCUGCUAAGCCUCCUCGACACCACAAUGGCAACGGUGGCAACAAGAACGGUUUCUCCAAACGCAACCGCAAUGAUCGAAACAACAACAGCAACAAUGAUCGUAACAACGAUCGCGGCCGUUCGGGCCCCCUCCCAUAUGGCCCUGUAUCCAACCGUCCUCAACCAUCAGCCUAUGUUGCUCAACACACAAAUCGCAAGCCUGUGUCUGAGCCUCUGUCUGGUCGAGAUGAGCCUGCUGCUCCUGUUCCCACUUCUGCCGAUCCCGGCCAGAACGUCAAGAACAUUUUGGACCAGCUGGCGAAUCUCAAGGGUUGA